AUGUUUGCUUUCCUUUGUCAGCAAAGCCGACUCAGACAUUGUGGUUCUGUUGGAAUUUCAGCCACAACCCAUCUGGGUUUUCUUCAAAAUCUACAUUUAACAAUACCCAUCAAAUUCUUCUCAUCAAAGAAAACAUCAGCACCACCAACAACCAAGAAUGAAAUCGAGUGUUUUACAGUGUCUCACCUCAUAAACUCAUGUGGGUUAUCCCCAGAAAUCGCCAACUCUAUAUCCCACAAGGUUCAUUUUCAGACCUCCGAUGGACCAGUCUCUGUUCUAUCUUGCUUCAGAGAUAGUGGGUUUUCUGAUUUCCAAAUUUCCAAACUAGUUCAUAAGUCCCCAUCGUUACUCUUAUCAAACCCUAACAAAACCCUUUUUCCCAAACUCGAUUUUUUCCAAUCUUUAGGGCUUUCAAGAACCGAAGUUGCAGAGCUUCAAAGCCGACUCAGACAUUGUGGUUCUGUUGGAAUUUCAGUCACAACCCAUCUGGGUUUUCUUCAACAUCUACAUUUAACAAUACCCAUCAAAUUCUUCUCAUCAAAGAAAACAUCAGCACCACCAACAACCAAGAAUGAAAUCGAGUGUUUUACAGUGUCUUCCCUCGUAAACUCAUGUGGGUUAUCCCCAGAAAUCGCCAACUCUAUAUCCCACAAGGUUCAUUUUCAGACCUCCGAUGGACCAGUCUCUGUUCUAUCUUGCUUCAGAGAUAGUGGGCUUUCUGAUUUCCAAAUUUCCAAACUAGUUCAUAAGUCCCCAUCGUUACUCUUAUCAAACCCUAACAAAACCCUUUUGCCCAAACUCGAUUUUUUCCAAUCUUUAGGGCUUUCAAGAACCGAAGUUGCAGAGCUUGUUGCUUCGGCCCCAUUUCUGUUAUGCUAUUGCUUGAAAAACCGCCUUAUCCCAGCUCUUGAUUUCCUCAAAAGCGUUGUUCUUCUUGACAUUACAGUUACAGGAACGAAGAAAUAG